AUGUACAGGGCAGCUGGUCUAGUUGCUCUAUUGGCAUUAUAUGGGCAGGCCGUACUAGUAGAAGAAUGGGAUAACAUCAAUGUACCAUCGACUAUUUACUUGAAUUUGGGAGCCAAUGCAACCAUUGGGCUUCCUGUGAGCGCAAACUACCGUCGGGAAAUCCGUAACUGCACAACAACAUGUAAUUAUGAUGAACAAUUAUACAGAGUCUGUAAUGAAAAGAACAAAAAGACUUGUGGAUAUUGGGAAAGUGUCAAGACAAAGAAAAAGGUUGCAUCGGGAAAAACGACGUAUAACAAGAACAAGAAGGCGUUGAUCAUUAAGAAUAUGAAGGAGUCGGAUUUCGGAAAAUAUAUGACUGGAAAUAAGAAGACGUCGAGAUAUGUUGAGCAAAUUGUGUCGUUUGGAAAAUAA